AUGGCGGAUAAAGAAAUUUUGUUGGAAGGCCAUCUAGAUUACUCAGCGCCCGAAAAGCAGACUUUCAAAGACAGAAUCAUGUCUAUGUCACUGUCAAGCACAUCAGCUCGGGAAUGGUUCUCCAAGACACGGGAGAGUGUCAAGCCGUGGCACGAGUUUCUCAGCACAAGCAAAUUUGCUCUGCCAAAGACUAUGGCCCCUCUUCCAAAGAGGAUUGUGAAGAACAUUGACAACUUCCAAGGCAACUAUUUGUUUGUCUUUCUGGGCCUGGUUAUCUUCUGUGUUUUGACAUCUCCCCUGCUGCUGGUGGCAAUAGCUGCCUGCUUGGGUGCCUGCUACAUCAUCAGUUUGAAAAAUCAAGACCACAAAGUGACAGUGAUGGGUCGUGAAAUUACCUUGGCACAGCAGUAUGCAGCUGUCGGAGUCAUGUCAUUCCCCAUUUUCUGGUUGGCUGGAGCCGGGUCUCUUGUCUUCUGGGUUAUAGGAGCCUCCUUCUUUGUAAUAAUGCUACAUGCCAGUUUGUACACAUCUAAGGAAGAGCUUGAAGGGUUUGAUCUGGAGUUGGAGGAAAUUCAGACAGUGUAA